AUGGCUUCCAUGACCCAAUCUCCAGUGUCAUUUUCUGGGAAUUUAGCUUCGAAACUCCCUGCUUCGGAUUUUCUUAGGAGCUCAAAUAAUGGUGUCUGUGGUGUACCUCUAAAAGUGCUUGGAAAAGCACAAUUAGGCGUAGUAAGGAGAGACUUUUCUGUGACAGCAAAGCUCGGGAAAAUGAAAAAGCGCGAACAUCCAUGGCCAAUCGAUCCUGACCUGAACCCCACCGAUUUGAAGGGUGGAUUUCUUAGGCAUCUCUCACCUUUCAAGCCUUUGACAGAAAAGCCUAAGCCGGUUAUUCUUGAUUUUGAGAGGCCUCUCGUUGAUCUGCAGAAAAAAAUCGAAGAUGUAAAACGAAUGGCAAACGAAACAGGUUUGGAUUUCGCUGAGCAAAUUAAAUUGCUGGAGGAAAAUUAUGAAGAGGCUCGGAGAAGACUAUACACACAUUUGACCCCUAUACAACGUGUGAACAUUUCACGACAUCCCCACAGACCAACAAUGCUUGACCAUAUUUACAACAUUACUGAGAGUUUUGUGGAGCUCCAUGGCGAUCGAGCUGGAUAUGAUGAUCCUGCUAUUGUCACUGGUAUCGGUUCUAUAAAUGGCAAAGGCUACAUGUUCAUGGGACACCAGAAGGGAAGGAACACAAAGGAGAAUAUCAAGCGGAACUUUGGGAUGCCUACUCCUCAUGGUUAUAGGAAAGCACUGCGAAUGAUGCAUUAUGCAGAUCAUCAUGGCUUUCCCAUUGUCACUUUCGUUGAUACCCCUGGGGCGUAUGCUGAUCUCAAAUCUGAGGAAUUAGGCCAAGGCGAAGCUAUAGCUCAGAACUUGAGGACUAUGUUUGGUCUGAAAGUACCGAUUAUUUCAAUUGUUAUGGGCGAAGGAGGCUCGGGUGGAGCUCUAGCUAUUGCAUGUGCUAACAAGCUGUUGAUGCUUGAAAAUGCAGUUUUCUAUGUUGCCAGCCCUGAAGCAUGUGCUGCUAUCUUGUGGAAGGAUGCAAAACAGGCGCCAGCGGCUGCUAAGUUGCUUAAAAUUACUGCUACAGAGCUGAGCAAGCUUAAAGUUUGUGAUGGCAUCAUUCGUGAACCUCUCGGCGGUGCACAUACGGAUCCAGAGUGGACUUCGAUGCAGAUAAAAAAUGCAAUUCUCAAGGGAAUGAAAGAACUUUCGAAAAUGGAUACGAAAACCCUACUAAAACACAGGGCUGAAAAGUUCCGGAAGAUCGGCAGAUACAAUGAUCGAAUCAAGCGAGCCCCGGUCGACCCCGUGAAGAAACGCAACAUGAAGAAAAAAGACAUACCCAUUGAGGAAAACCCGAUGGCCGAAUUAAACAGGAUGGCUGAAAAUUUGAAAAAUGAAAUUGAUUCUGAAUUUGAGAAGGCCUCAAAGGUUCUCGGCAUAGAUGAUAAAAUCUUGAAGGUGAGAGAUGAAAUCAAGAAAAGAAGGAACUCGGUUGAUGAGAAGGCCAUGAAGGAAAAAUUCGAGAAAAUCAAUAAAGAAUUCAAGAAGAAUCUCCACACGGCCCCUAAUUUCCCAAGCAUUGUAUCCAAGCUUCAGAAGCUGAACGAGCUGUCCAAAACCACAUCGAACCCACCACCGCAAAAGAACUCCUCGAACAAGAAAAACGAGGUAAAACUCAAAAUGGAUAAGAUAUCCGAAGAGCUCAUCAAACGGCCCGAUUUGAAGCACAAGAUCGAGACGCUAAAGGCCGAAAUGGAGAAAUCGGAUGUCGAUUCGAAUCCCGAGCUAAAGGAAAAAGUUCUGCAGUUACGUAAAGAGAUCAAUUCGGAAUUCAAGAAUUGCCUCAAGUCUGCCGGUCUGGAAGUGGUCCCGUUGAAGCGUAACGCACUGGAGAAAAUCGGUUCGUAUGGUGAAGAAGUUAAAACGUUAAUCGGGAAUGUUGCGAAAUCUUCGGGUUUCAGGGAGAAAAUCGAUGUUUUGAAAGAAAUGGUGGCGAAAGCUGGAAAUAUGCCCAAUGAAAAAACGAAAGGAAAGAUUCAAGCUUUAAUGGAGGAAAUCAAGCGAGAGAUGAGUGAGGCUAUUGUAAGUUCUCCAGAGUUGAAAGAGAAGCAUGAAAAGCUGGAGAAAGAGAUAUUGGGAGAUGGCAAAGCACCGGCUGGGUCAAAUGAUGGAAGUGUGGGCGAAGAUGACUCGAAAGUGACGCUCGAGGUGGAGACUAACCACAGCUUUGUCUGA